AUACUGCGUCGCCCCUCAUGAGUGCCUUGGCUUUCUAUCAUUUGCACCACAGCUCCCAAGCCCCACACUGGCAAUCAGCUUCGUGAGCUAGCUGCAAUUGACAAUAAACACAAUUCACAUGCACUAUUGCCAAGUUCCCAAAUUCCAGCAUUGAAGCAUCUGCCUCUGGCUCUUGUGAGCACUCGGCAAGACAUCUGUAAUAGGAAGAAUGAAAGAAACAUAGGCGGUCUGGUUCCUUCUUGAGAGGAUGGUAAUGUUGCGACGCACGUUCGUCGCGCUGGUGUGCUGGGCUUGGGCGAGUCAUACCCAUUCAUCAGCAUUGCCGGCGUUCAGGACGAUAGCAAAACCAUGUCCUGAAGGUUGCACCCGCGCUGGGAACUGCAAUGCGGAGACGGGUCUGUGCGAGUGCCCCUUCGGGUGGACAGGCCCCGUUUGUGAGGUGCCAGUGCUGCCGGCCUGCCGCAUCUCGGCCAGCCAGGACGCCAGCUCGGGUCCCCCCAUGGUCGGGUCGGUCUUCCCCAAGAACUGCCAGUGCCUGAAGCAGCUCCAGAACAUCAGCUGUCUGGAGUCGCGCUACGUGUACGACUACUACCUUUGUGAACACGGCGCGUUCUGGUCGUGGAAGAGCAUGCACUGCUUCGAGUACAGCAAUCGGCCGUUGGAUCAGCAGCUGUCGGGCAUUCCCGAGCCUGACGCUGCGGGUGUGGUGUGGAAGAAGGGCGAGUGGCUGUCGGUAGUCGAGGGCCAGGAUCCGUUCUCCUUUGGAAACGUGUCGGAGCCACCCAAGACAGCCAUGAAUUCGAAGCAGUUCUUUCCCCUCAGCCGCUGCCCCGACCGCUGCAACGAGCGGGGCAACUGCUUCGCCUGGGGCGCGGGCCACCCGCCGCAGUGCGACUGCGCUGCCUUUUACAGCGGCAAGGCCUGUGAGACGGUGGAGGCGGCACACUGCCCACUGGGCUGCAGCGGCCGCGGCGCAUGCAAGGGCGGCUUCUGCCACUGCCAGCCCGGCUGGUGGGGGCUGGGCUGCUCGCGUAGCAAGGCGUACGAGGCUGAUGAGUACGCGCCGCACCCCACGCGGCUCAAGAUCUAUGUGUACGACCUGCCAGAGUCCGUGGUGCACAUGCGGAGCCACUCUGACGAAUGGCCGCUGCACUUCCCCAUCUACUUGGCGGAGCACGAGUUCUUCAACCGCCUGCUGGGCGACUGGGCCACACGCACCGAGAACCCCUGGGAGGCCAACCUGUUCUACAUCCCCACCUUCACAUACUACUACAUCGGCAACGUGGGCCAACCCGGCAAGCUGUUCAGCCGGGUGGUGUCGUACGUACGGCACAACUACCCCUUCUGGAACAUGACGGGGGGUCGAAACCACAUCCUCACCUCCGUCAACGACCGGGGGUGCUGCGACAUCUACAGGCUGGGCCCAGACGUGCAGCGGCCAAUCAAGCUGGUGCACUUCGCCCAGAGCGGCAAGGUGGCACUGCGCGGCCGCCGGGCCGCCGCCGCCGCCGGCGUGAACGAGUCCAUGCUGCUGGACGGGCAGCAGCUGGGUUGGUUCAUCAAGGAGCGGCUGUGGGAGGACCCGGCGCUGCUGGCCGCCCUCAUUGAGUACCAGCACCUCAACGCCAGCGGCCGCCCGCGGUUCCGGGGCUUCCCGCGGUACCAGUGGGAGGCGCUGUGGGCGGAGAAGGAGCCGUGCUACAGGCCCGAGCACGAUGUGGCGUUUCCCAACUACCUGCCCGCCACCGAACACGGCAGCUGGACCAAGUCGCUCCAGGAUGCCUACAUCUACGCCGAUCCUGCGACCUAUGGCGGCGCCGUGACCCACAACUCCAGUCGGCCGCGGCCCGUGCUGUUCUCGUUCGACGGCUUCUCCAAACCCGACAUGGCAUACAGCGGUGGCGUGCGUCAGGGUCUGCUGGCAUUGUUUGGCAACACCACCCGCCCCGACGUCAGCAUCAAUAAAGGCGGCGGGCCCAGCCUGAUGCUCAGGAGCCGCUUCUGCUUCACGCCCAUGGGCUUCGGCUGGGGCGUGCGCCUGACGCAGGCGGCCAUGACGGGCUGCGUGCCCGUCAUGGUGCAGGACCACGUGUGGCCGACGCUGUGGGACGUGCUGCCAUACGAGAAGUUCUCCAUACGCGUCAGCCGCCACAACCUGUACCGUCUGUUUGAGAUCCUGGAUUCCAUAACGGCCGAGGAGCUGGCGUCGCUGCAGGCGGGGCUGGCGCACUGGCACAGGGCAUUUGUGUGGCAGCCCGAGUUUGGCGGGUUGGCCUACAACUACACGCUGGAGUCCUUGCAGCGGCGGCUCAGCAACAUGUGGACUGCCAUGUUCUGAAGCAGCUGGCGUUGUCCAUUGAAGCAGCUGGCGUUGUCCACUGUCUAUUGAUGCUUGGUCCGUGCAGGAGUGCAAGUGUGCGCGAGUGAGUGGAUGGAGUUGGCUGGGACGUGGUACUGAAGUUCUUGUGUGUGGAGAGGAAGUGUGCGUGUUUGUGUGGCUUGACGGGGCAGUGCAGGGCAAGGACUUGCUGAGUGCAUACACCGCGCCAGAUUUUGGGACUACACUUAAUAAGCGCGCUGGGGCGGGACGGCGUGUGCUGCCGUGAGUUCAGCACGGAGGUUGGAGCGCUGAGAAGUUGCACUGAGGGCAUUCGCAUACAGGUAUUGGGUUCGGCGGGCUGAGGUGGCGACCACGGUGGCGACUGGCGAGUCUGCAAGUGUGCUAAGUUCUGGUGGUGUAGCAGGGUAGCCGGUCACAAGGCAUCUCAAGAUGUCAUCAAAGGUCAAAGGAAUUUGGGUUUCUCCCACAAGUGGUGGGCUGAAUGAGGGACUGAAGGCGUAAACUGUGCAGCCCAAUGAACGUACGGAUGAAGGCACGUGUUUGCGCACGAGACAGCGAGACAAUACUCGCGGUAAGAUACUGAAUAC